AUGGUAGAAGAUGGAAAUUCGCAGACGAUAUCAUUAGAUGAGAUGUUUAAAAAUCGAUAUUCCAUGGAAAACGAAGCGUAUCGGAAAAUAAGUGAGGGAUUCAAAGAUCCAAUAAUUGUUCAUCCAUGGAAGCCCCGAGAUCAACAAAGAGGAUUCAACAAUCGUGGAAAUUAUCAGGGUGGUGGCGGACAUAAACGAAAAAAUUACGGUGGAAAUUAUCCGAAUAAUUAUGACAAACGACGAAGAGGCAAUUGGAAUUCUGGUCAAAGUUGCUUCUCCAAAAUAAACCUCAAAGAUUUGAUGAUCGAAGCGACAAUUCGAAUCGUAAUCGACAAUGAAGCUUUAAUCCUACUAACAAUCUCAACAGCAAUGGUCUCAUUCAUUCGUUGUGCUUUCCCGGAAUCCGCAACCAAUUUGAUGGUGUAUUAG